GCUAGUCGCCCCCUCUAGCCCGUCGUCUCGCUGCCCCGAGCCGCCCGUGCCCGCCGGCGGGCCGGGCCCACAAACAGCCCAGGCGCUCGGGGGGCGCGCGGGGGGCGGGGGGAGUUCCGGUUCCGGUUCUUUGUGCAGCUGCAGCGGCGGCUCCGGGAAGAUGGCGGCCCGGGCGGGUUUCCAGUCUGUGGCUCCGAGCGGCGGCGCGGGAGCCUCGGGAGGAGCGGGCGUGGCGGCGGCUCUGGGCCCGGGCGGAACUCCGGGGCCUCCCGUGCGAAUGGGCCCGGCGCCGGGUCAAGGGCUGUACCGCUCUCCGAUGCCCGGGGCGGCCUAUCCGAGACCAGGUAUGCUGCCAGGUAGCCGAAUGACACCUCAGGGACCUUCCAUGGGACCUCCUGGCUAUGGGGGGAACCCUUCAGUCCGACCUGGCCUGGCCCAGUCAGGGAUGGACCAGUCCCGCAAGAGACCUGCGCCUCAACAGAUCCAGCAGGUCCAGCAGCAGGCGGUCCAAAAUCGAAAUCACAAUGCAAAGAAAAAGAAGAUGGCGGACAAAAUCCUACCUCAAAGGAUUCGGGAGUUGGUACCAGAAUCACAGGCCUACAUGGAUCUCCUGGCUUUUGAAAGGAAACUGGACCAGACAAUUAUGAGGAAGCGGCUAGAUAUCCAGGAGGCCUUGAAGCGCCCCAUCAAGCAAAAACGGAAGCUGCGAAUUUUCAUUUCUAACACGUUCAAUCCGGCCAAGUCGGAUGCAGAGGAUGGGGAAGGGACGGUGGCUUCCUGGGAGCUCCGGGUGGAAGGCCGGCUCCUGGAGGACUCAGCCUUGUCCAAAUAUGAUGCCACCAAGCAAAAGAGAAAGUUCUCUUCCUUUUUUAAGUCCUUGGUGAUCGAACUGGACAAAGACCUCUAUGGCCCAGACAACCAUCUGGUAGAAUGGCACAGGACCGCCACUACCCAGGAGACGGAUGGCUUCCAGGUGAAGCGACCAGGAGAUGUGAACGUGCGGUGCACUGUCCUGCUGAUGCUGGAUUACCAGCCCCCCCAGUUUAAAUUAGACCCUCGCCUGGCUCGGCUCUUGGGCAUCCAUACCCAGACACGUCCAGUGAUCAUCCAAGCACUGUGGCAAUAUAUUAAAACACAUAAGCUCCAGGACCCUCACGAGCGAGAGUUUGUUAUCUGUGACAAGUACCUCCAGCAGAUCUUUGAAUCUCAGCGGAUGAAGUUCUCAGAGAUCCCUCAACGGCUCCACGCCUUGCUUAUGCCACCAGAGCCCAUCAUCAUUAAUCACGUCAUCAGUGUUGACCCAAAUGACCAGAAAAAGACAGCCUGCUAUGACAUUGACGUGGAGGUGGAUGACACUUUGAAGACCCAGAUGAACUCUUUCCUGCUGUCCACUGCCAGCCAGCAGGAGAUCGCUACUUUAGACAACAAGAUCCAUGAAACGAUAGAAACUAUCAACCAGCUCAAGACGCAGAGAGAGUUCAUGUUGAGCUUUGCCCGAGACCCUCAGGGUUUCAUCAAUGAUUGGCUUCAGUCCCAGUGCCGGGACCUCAAGACGAUGACUGAUGUGGUGGGUAAUCCGGAAGAGGAGCGCCGUGCUGAGUUCUACUUCCAGCCCUGGGCUCAGGAGGCCGUGUGCCGAUACUUCUACUCCAAGGUGCAGCAGAGGCGGCAAGAGUUAGAGCAAGCCCUGGGAAUCCGAAACACAUAGGGCCUCUCCAACCCUAGCAUGGCUGCACCAAUUCCUUGGGCCCUGUGCUGCCUGCCUCAGUGUACCUGUCUUGGUCUUGCUUGAGGCAUUCCAGGAGAUGCUGUUAGCUCCAGGACAGUGUCACAAUGAAGAGGGUGUCACAUUUCUGUCUCACAGUCACCUGUUAUCCCUUCCUGCACCCCAGCCUUCCCCCUCAGCUCCUCCCCACCGGGCUCCCUGUGCCUCUACCUCCCCAUCCUACAUAGGACCUCUAGAUAGUGUUAGAGAACCAUAGUGGUAAGGAGUGCUCUGAGGGGUGGGGCCUCCUGAGGUCAGGUGAUCUUCAGGGAGGCCAGCUACACUGAUCCUGUCCUUGCCAGGAGACCUAGGCCUUGGGAGCUGUCCCCCUCUGAGCCUCGGGCCUAGGGCAGUCCGUAAGCUAGCUGACCUUGGCCCUCCUGGUAACCCGACUUCUUCCCUUCCCUCCACAGGUUGGAGCAGAUUCUCCUUUACUUCUUGCCCUCUAGCACUAAUGGAGCCCGGGUUCUUGGGCUUCACUGAGCCCCAGGUUGGUCCCUGCCCUCUGGACUUAACCUGCGGUCUCAGUGCUGUCUGACCCCUUCGUGGGGUCUGUGUCAGUAUUGGAGUGUGUUUUGAACUGUUGCCCCUCCCACACACUCCCGUAGCUGCCCUCUAGGAUUCCCCACACCUGCCCUAACCCACAUGUUUGGGUUGGGAUCCCGCCUUCCCUUGUCAUUCCCAGCAGAGAUUGUUCCUUCCUGCUGUUAGAGGAGUGGCUUGUUCAUUCACUCCACCCUGCCCCCUCCUGCAAAUGGAGAAACAGGCCUGAAAUCAAACGGGUAAAGCCCUAGGCCAUCCCUGUCUUCCUGUCCACAUCUGCCCAGUUGAAACCCGCUGGUGGCUUCUAGGGCACUGAGGAGUGAAAGCGCCUAGGGCUGGAGAAUAGGUCUGAAAUGGGUUUGUGACUCCCCACCCCCUGCCCUCAAAGCUUCAGACCCCUCAGGUAGCAGCAGGACGAGUGAUCUUGGUCCCUUGGGAUAGAUGGUUUUGCAUCUUCCAGGGAAGCCUCAGAUUUCAGAUUCUUCCAGGUCUUGUCACCUGGAAUUAGCAUGUCCCAGGCUCGCAGACAACACUGCAGGGUGGGAGACAGCUGGGCACGGGAUUCCGUUGAGCAUGGGCCCUGAACCCGCAGAACUGACAAAGCCCCUGCUUCCCCACCCCCACCUCAGGCUCCUGCGAGCAGUGUUCCAGCCCCUUC